AUGGCGGGCACUGAAAGCCGAGAGGAUAGUGUCAACCUGACGGGGAAACCUAAAUGGAAAUCACAAAUGCUCAGUUGUAAAGGAAAACUGCGUGUCGUUGGAGUACAGAAAGUUAGAUGGAGUGGAAAGGACAAGAUCCGGCAUAAUUCAUGGACAUUUAUAUACUCAGGCAGAGAUGACCAAAAACAUGAGGCAGGAGUAGGUGUACUUUUAUCCAAGAGAGCAGCUGAUGCAGUUAAUUCCACCGACUGUAUUAGUGAGCGCCUACUAAAGAUCAGAUUUAAAGCUGGAGUCACUAACCUUACUGUGAUUGUAGGGUAUGCACAAACAGAAGUAGCAAACACACCAGAAAAAGAUGAAUUAUAUGACCAGUUGAACAACAUUCUGGGCAAUAUACCACGACAUGAUAUGUGCCUCUUGAUUGGUGAUUUCAAUGCUAGAGUGGGAAAAGAUAUAACAGCAUAUCCCAGAGUAAUAGGCCAACAUGGCAUGGGUGACAUGAACGAGAAUGGACAGAGACUCCUUGACACAUGUAGUACCCAUGGUUUAGCAAUUGCCGGCACCAUCUUUCAGCACAAGGAAAUUCAUAAGUAUACGUGGACUAGCAAUACAGUAUCAAGAACAAGAGCACAGCUUGAUCAUAUCAUCGUCAAUAGUAGAUGGAAACGCUCCAUGACAGACUGUAGAACCUACAGGGGUGCUGAUAUCUUCAGCGACCAUGAGCUACUAAUUUCUACUAUCACCAUGAAACUGGCAAAACCUAAAUCAAGGGGUGCAAAAGGAAAGUUUGCCACUUAUAAACUUAACGACCAGAUAAUGAAAGAAAGAUACCAACAAGAAGUGAAGAAACAUCUGAUAGAGGAGAACAGUCAACAGCUUGAGAUAGAAGAAGACUGGGAUAACAUCAAAAAAUGGAAUUCUACAUGCUGCAGAAAACACCAUUGGUAG